CGAAAGACCUUUAUCACAAAAAUAUUAUCUUCUCGCUGAGGAUGGGUACCGCAGAUGACGAAGAACAUGAUUGGGAGCAGCUGAACCAGACAAAUUGGCGCGGCUUAGGGGUUACAGAUCCAAUCAAAAAUGUCGAGGACAAAUGGCUUCUCCUACCCGCCUUUCUCAAGGUUAAGGGUCUAGUAAAACAGCACAUCGAUUCGUUCAACUAUUUCGUCGAUGUCGAUAUCAAGAACAUCGUCAAGGCAAAUAACAAGGUGACUUCGGACGUAGACCCGCGCUUCUGGCUCAAAUACACCGACAUUCAUGUCGGUUUCCCAGACCGUACCGACUUAGACGCAAUCGACAAGAGUAUCACUCCGCAUGAGUGCCGCCUCCGUGAUAUCACCUACAGCGCUCCGAUCCUUGUAACCAUCCAGUACACUCGCGGCAAGAAUGUGGUCAAGAGGCCCAACGUCAAUAUUGGUCGUUUGCCGAUCAUGCUGCGCAGCAGCAAGUGUAUACUGACCGGAAAGAGCGAGGCCCAACUGGCUCGCAUGACAGAGUGCCCUCUGGACCCUGGAGGAUACUUUGUGGUCAAAGGCACCGAGAAAGUUAUUCUCGUCCAGGAGCAGCUGAGCAAGAACCGCAUCAUUGUAGAGACGGAUCCGGUCAAAGGAGUCGUACAGUCAUCGUGUACUUCGUCCACUCACGGUGGUUUGAAGUCGAAGACAUAUGUAGCAACAAAGAAAGGCAAAAUCUAUCUUCGUCACAACUCCAUUCAUGAGGACGUUCCUAUAGUUAUUGCCCUCAAAGCUCUUGGUAUCCAGUCUGACAAGGAGAUCCUACUUCUCACUGCUGGCAAUACUGAGGCUUAUAAACUCGCGUUUUCUGCAAACUUAGAGGAUGCCGCCAGGCUGGGCGUUUUCACCAGACAUCAGGCUUUGGAAUGGAUCGGGACGCGUGUCAAGGUAAACCGAAAAGUUGUGGGUCCCCGACGACCUGCAUGGGAAGAGGCACUAGAAGCUCUGGCGACCAUCGUUCUAGCUCACGUCCCAGUCAACGGACUUGAUUUUAGACCCAAGGCCAUAUUCGUGGCCACCAUGACUCGGCGAGUUUUGAUGUGUAUGGACGACGAAAAAAUGGUUGAUGACCGAGACUAUGUUGGAAAUAAGCGCCUUGAACUUGCGGGCCAACUGCUCGCCUUAUUGUUUGAAGACCUGUUCAAAACUUUCAACACGAAUUUGAAGUCGGCCAUCGAUAAGGUCUUGAAGAAGCCUUCUCGGACGAACGAGUUCGAUGCUUUCAACACCAUGCAAUUUCAAGGAGACCACAUUACUUCCGGCUUCGUUCGUGCGAUCUCUACGGGGAACUGGUCGCUGAAACGUUUCAAGAUGGAGCGCGCAGGCGUCACGCACGUGCUCAGCAGGCUCAGCUUCAUUUCGGCUUUGGGUAUGAUGACCCGGAUAUCCUCACAGUUCGAAAAGACGCGCAAAGUCAGCGGACCCCGUGCCUUACAGCCCAGUCAGUGGGGCAUGCUGUGCCCAAGUGAUACUCCUGAAGGCGAGGCUUGCGGACUAGUCAAGAAUUUGGCCCUGAUGACACACAUUACCACGGAUGUCGAAGAGGAACCGAUAAUUCGGAUAGCAUACAUGUUAGGAGUUGAAGACAUCAGUUUAGCUUCCGGGACGGAGAUAUACGGGCCACAUACGUUCGUGGUUAACGUAAACGGUACGAUCAUUGGCUUAACAAGGUACCCCACACGCUUCGUGACGAACUUCCGGAGACUUCGCAGAGCGGGCCGCUUUAGCGAAUUCGUGGGCGUAUAUGUGAAUCAUCACCACCGGACCGUUCACAUCGCCAGCGACGGUGGCCGGAUAUGCCGCCCGAUGAUUAUCGUGGAGGAUGGCAGGCCAAGAGUUAACUCUGGACAUAUCUCGCUACUCAAACAAGGACAUCUCUCAUUCGAUGACUUCCUCCGACAAGGCUUGGUCGAGUAUCUUGAUGUGAACGAGGAGAACGACUCCUAUAUCGCGUUGUAUGAGUCCGACAUCGUCGCAACGACCACGCACCUCGAGAUCGAACCCUUUACAAUCCUUGGUGCCGUUGCCGGCCUCAUUCCAUACCCGCACCACAAUCAAUCUCCACGAAAUACGUACCAAUGUGCCAUGGGUAAACAAGCUAUAGGUGCCAUUGGGUACAACCAAUUCAACCGCAUCGACACGCUUCUGUAUCUGUCUGUUUAUCCUCAACAACCGAUGGUCAAGACGAAAACAAUUGAACUCAUUGGGUACGACCGUCUACCUGCCGGACAAAAUGCCACCGUGGCCGUCAUGAGCUACUCCGGCUACGAUAUUGAAGAUGCCCUUAUCCUUAAUAAGGCCAGUCUCGAUCGUGGCUAUGGUAGAUGUCAGGUCCUACGCAAGAAUGCAACUCUGAUACGUAAAUAUCCCAACGGCACCUUCGAUCGGUUGGCCGAUGCACCUCUAGAUGACAAUGGACAAAUUCAGAAAAAAUAUGAUAUCAUACAACUAGAUGGACUCGCUGGAGUCGGGGAGCGUGUCGACCCCGGAGAUGUCUAUGUGAACAAACAAACGCCAACGAACGCUAAUGACAACACUUUCACUGGUCAGGCCGCCGCAGUACCCUACAAGAACGCGCCUCUUUCGUACAAGUCACCUGUUGCUGGUUAUAUUGACAAGCUCAUGGUCAGCGACACGGAGAACGACCAAACACUCAUCAAAGUUCUGAUCCGUCAAACACGAAGGCCGGAGCUUGGUGACAAAUUCUCGUCUCGCCACGGACAAAAAGGCGUAUGUGGUUUGAUCGUGAAUCAGGAGGACAUGCCCUUCAAUGAUCAGGGCAUCAACCCAGAUACGAUUAUGAAUCCCCAUGGUUUCCCCUCUCGUAUGACUGUCGGCAAAAUGAUAGAGCUGUUGAGUGGCAAGGCCGGUGUCCUCAGUGGGAAGCUCCAAUACGGGACAGCAUUUGGUGGCUCCAAGGUCGAAGACAUGUCACGAAUCUUGAUCGAGCACGGCUUCAGUUAUGCUGGGAAGGACAUGCUCACUAGUGGUAUAACGGGCGAGCUGCUAGAAGCAUACGUCUAUUUUGGACCGAUUUAUUACCAGAAAUUGAAACAUAUGGUCAUGGACAAGAUGCAUGCUCGAGCCAGAGGCCCGCGAGCAACGCUUACCAGGCAGCCUACGGAGGGCCGCUCCCGCGAAGGAGGCUUGCGUCUCGGCGAAAUGGAGCGCGACUGCCUCAUCGGUUAUGGUGCUACUCAACUGUUGCUCGAACGUCUAAUGAUCUCCUCGGAUAAAUUCGAGGUUAAUGCCUGCCAGGAAUGUGGCUUGAUGGGAUAUAACGGCUGGUGUCCAUACUGCAAAAGCUCGAAGCAGAUGGCCAAACUCACUAUACCAUACGCGGCUAAAUUGCUGUUCCAAGAGCUGAUGGCUAUGAACGUAGUCCCCAGGCUGAUCCUGGAUGAUGCUUAACUGUGACGUCGGUUUUCUUUCUCUUUCUACUUUUUUGCAUUGUCUGUAGCACUGCAUGUAUCACUAACGCAUAUCACGCAUAAAAGUUAUUUUUCUUUAGCAUAGAUAAUUUCAUCUGACGACUCAAAGCACAAGCGUUCUGUAUUCGACGC